AUGCCUGAUACAGAAAAUCAAGGUGAAUCCUCUGUCACCUUGGUUAGUAAAUUAGAUGCAAGUGACCCGUUGUAUCUUCAUGCUAGUGACUCUAGUAGUCUUACUAUUGUUAAUAUUAAAUUGAAAGGAACUGAGAAUUAUGUGGUAUGGUCAAAUGCUAUGAAACUUGCUUUAACUGCUAAGAAUAAGCUAGGAUUUAUUAAUGGUACUUGUACCAAAUCAACUAAAGAUGAUGUUCUAGCAAGUCAAUGGGAUAUAUGCAAUUCUGUUGUUUUAACUUGGAUUCUCAAUUCUGUUUCUGAAGAAUUAUAUGUUGGUCAAGUUUAUUCCAGGCUUGACAGUGAAGUCUGGAGUGACUUAAAGGACACUUAUGACAGGGUUGACGGGUCAGUUGUGUUUGGGUUAUACCAAAAGAUCAAUUCUGUUAAUCAAAAUGGGGCUAGUGUUUCAGAAUAUUAUCAUAAACUCAAUACUAUGUGGAAACAAUUUGAUGCCAUGGUUCAACUACCUUCCUGUACUUGUGAUGCUUCAACUAAAUACAAUGAAUUCAGUCAACUGAUUAAACUUAUGCAGUUCUUAAUGGGAUUAGAUGACAUUUAUCAACCUGUUAGAACAAACCUGUUAACUAGGGAUCCUUUACCUACUGUCAAAACUGCUUUUUCUAUCAUUUAUAGAGAAGAAUCACACAGGGAUUCAAAUAAAACCUCAAAAAUUCCCAAUGUUGGUUUUGUUGCCAAGGCAACACAAUAUAAUGAAAAUAAAAAACGUUUUAAGAAAGGUCCUAAUCCCAACUUAAAAUGCACUCACUGCAAUAAGGUUGGUCAUGUGAUUGAAAAAUGUUUUGAACUUCAUGGUUAUCCUCCAAACUAUAGAAAUAAGUCUAAUCAAAACAAUUCACAAUGGUCUAAAACAAAUGUGUCUGCUAAUAGUUCUGUUGCAAAUGCUAUGAAUGAUCAAUCUGCUAAUUCUUCUUUGAAUGCUUUAACUGCUGAUCAAUUUUCUAAGCUGCUAGGCCUUCUAAAUGAAAAUAAGCUGGAAGAUUCUGCAAAAUCUAACAUGAGUGGGGCUAAUCAACAUAUGGUCAUGAACAAUGACAACAUGUUUAAUCUGGUUGAUGUGUCUGAGUAUGAUAUUACUAUUAAACAUCCAAAUGGAACUGAUGCUAAAGAUGUUUCCUUAAAGAGAAACCUGGUGAUUGGUAGGCAAAUGGAUGGUCUUUAUUUCUGUGGUGGUAGAACCCCUUAUGAAUUGCUUUAUGGUUUUGAACCUUCUCUCGAUCACUUGAAAGUUUUUGGAUGUCUAUGUUAUUUUACUGUCUUAACUAAUACCGAUAAACUUGAAGAAAGAGAGCUGAGCGAUGUGUCUUUAUGGGAUACUCAAAUUUUAAAAAAGGAUACAAACUUUGGAGUUUGGAUCAAAGGACAUUCUCCUUCUCACGAGAUUGAUACAAAUCCCAAUGAUGAAGAGAAGGAGUCUCCUGAUUGUGUACAUGAGACACAGCAACACAGUAGCUCAAAUGAGCCAGUUGAUGUUGCUGACACUCAGCAGUCAUUUGCUUCAGAUGACAUGGCUAAUGCUCAGCAUCAUGGUGAGUCUCAAAGUGAGUCUGUGAGGGUUGAGUCAAGUGUUGUUAACUAUGCUAAUCUAUCUAGUGAAAAUAUGUGCUUUGUUGCUAACUUAAACAAAACUUCUGAACCUGUUAACUAUAAAGAAGCACGCAAAGCAAGAAACAAAGUGUUGUCUCUCGUUCCUCUGCUGAAGCAGAAUAUAGAUCCAUGUGCAGUGCUUCAUGCGAAAUCUUGUGGUUGA